UUGUAAACUGCUCUUGUCGCUUCCUAUGACUCGAUGCAGAAGGAAGGAUGCAUGGAGGAUUUCUGACAAAUUUCUGUUAAUAUUUGUGCAGAAAUUAUGAUAAUGGACGACACAAAAGAUGCGUUCGUGUUCAAAGGUGUUGCUGAGAGGCUGACCCUCGGAAUUACUCGAAUACUCGAAAACAUGCCGGGGGUGGUGGAUGUGCGCUUCGCAGAGAGAGACCCAGCAGAAAAGAGGACCCUCCUGUCUUGGGAGCAGAAAAACACGUGUAUUUUACCAGAGGAUUUGCGAGACUUCUACCUGACCACUGACGGAUUCACAUUGACCUGGAGCGUUAAACUGGACGAUGAGUGUGUCCCUUUAGGCUGCAUGAUGAUCAACGGCGUGGGCAGGCUGUGCCCGCUGCUUCAGCCCGUAUCUGUUUUCUCUCUACCUAACGCUCCCUCACUGGCUGACCUGGACUGGGAGGAGAGCAGCUCAGAAAGUGGAUUGGAGCGUGCACCACCUGUGCCUCAUUUUGAUGCCCGGAGUCGUAUUUAUGAGCUGGAUUCCUGCGGCGGGAAUGGAAAAGUGUGUCUGGUUUACAAAAACUGCACUCCAGGAGUGGUUGCACAGCACAGUGAAAUCUGGUUCCUGGACCGCUCUCUGUGCUGGCAUUUUUUGACUGCAACAUUUACUGCCUACUACAGACUGAUGAUAACACACCUGGGCCUACCUGAGUGGCAGUAUGCCUACACACCAUAUGGUCCAAGCCCACAGGCAAAGCAGUGGGCGUCCCUCUACCAGCCCCUGAUUUUCAGCAAUGAGGUUAGCCAGACAGAUUCAGCUGCAGAUGUCUUUCUAAACAAGCUGGAUCCCACAAAGGCCUUCAGAGGCAAAGCCAAGGUACCGCCCCCCAAGAAGAAGCAGUCGGCCCAGUCCAACCCUGGAGGCGCUGCUAAAGGGCAAGGGAGCGCAGGAAGACACGUUGGAGCAAAACGGUGAAACCAAUCCAAUCUAGAGAGAGACGUUUGCUGCUGUGCAGCUUUCAUUUUGUCUGUUUCACCACCACAUCUUCAAAAGACUGAUCUGCUAUCACCUGCUUGCUUAAAUGCAGGUUUUUGUAACAGAAGAGCAUGUUGUGGAGCAUGCGUAGUCUAUAACCAGAAUUUAAAUGGCCUUGCCUGUGUUCAGUUUGGUAUUUACAAACCAAACUGAACACAGACACAUGAUGCCGACACCUUGAAUGUCGACAGAUUAAAAACUUCACCAUAAAAUGAAUCCUUUUGAGCUAACCUUAGGCCAGUCACUGGUUUCAAAGUAUAUAAAGAUUUUGCAAAAACUCUCAGACCACCACUUGUGUUGAUUUUCAUGCUGUUGCAAAAAAAACUGAGACAAGUAUACCACCCAUCACCAGCUAAGAUUAGAAGUUUAGCUUGAAUGCAAAAGGGAAUAGAAAUGUGUGCAAUAACCACUGGAAAACUGCUGCCGUAGUUAUUAUUAUGUAUCCAUUUUCUAACACCUUGCCCCUAGUGCAGUCGGGAGGGGGGCUGGUGCCUAUCCCAAGCUAACGUUCCGUGCGAGAGAUUUAUUUUAUAUUGUUUUCUUAUUUAUAACAUAUAGAAACUAACAUAAUAAUUAAAUGUAACUUAUAAUGUAUACAAGAUUGUUAUAACUUUAGAAGCAAUAUGUCAAUACUGCUGCAGAAAUUAUGAUUGUCUCCAAUGUUUUGAAUAAAAUGACUAAUUAUUGCUACACUUUUGUUGUAAAUGUCUGUGUA